UGAGCUCUCGCGUUGCUGCCGCGCGCGUUUCCUGUUCCGGGGUCGAUAGUGUGCGCUGUGUGUGUGUUUAUUCGCUUGUGUGUGUGUGUGUGUGUGUGAUGAUGAUGAUGGCGGAGCUGGUGCAGGGACAGGCCUCGGUGGCUCAGACCGGGAUAAAGGACGGAUUCACGGACCCCUUCCACCGCGCGCGACAGAUUGCUAAGAUGGGAGGAGAGCAGAUGCAGCAUCUGAACAACUCGUCUCCGGUCGUCGAUGCCUCGCUGUACGGCUACGGAGGGCAGAAACGCUCGCUGGAGGAAGGAGUGGCUAACCAGCUCGGUGCAAUGGUACAUGGUACAAGGGCUAUAAUAACAGAAGACUUCAAAGUGCCUGAUAAGAUGGUUGGAUUCAAUGAAGAAAGUGAGCUGAGCAGCAGUUCCUCGUUUGCUCACAGUCCGUGUCCUGCAUUGUUUUGUUUUCUAACUUGUUUUGAGUUGCGUGCAAUUAUUUGUCAUGUCACCCCCACAGACAGUGGAGGAAUGAUGGACAGGCCUUGCACCCUGACCGGGACCCCCGAGAGCAUUGAGCAGGCCAAGAGGUUGUUGGGGCAGAUCGUGGACCGGUGUCGGAACGGACCGGGCUUCCAUACUCAGAUGGACGGAAACAGCGCUGUCCAGGAGAUCCUGAUCCCGGCCAGUAAAGUCGGCCUGGUCAUCGGGAAGGGAGGCGACACCAUCAAACAGCUGCAGGAGAGGACAGGAGUAAAGAUGAUCAUGAUUCAGGACGACCCGAUGCCCACUGGAUCAGACAAACCCUUGAGAAUCACUGGAGACCCUUAUAAAGUUCAGCAAGCGCGGGAGCUGGUGGUGGAGAUCAUCAGGGAAAAGGAUCAGGGAGAUUUCCGGAGCGGCCGCAGUGACUUCGGCUCCAGACUGGGCAGCAGCAUCGACGUGGCAGUGCCCAGAUUCGCCGUGGGAAUCGUCAUCGGCAGAAACGGGGAGAUGAUCAAGAAGAUCCAGAACGACGCAGGAGUCAGGAUCCAGUUUAAGCCAGAUGACGGGAUGAGUCCGGACCGGAUCGCUCAGGUCAUGGGUCAGCCGGACCGGUGUCAGCACGCGGUCCACCUCAUCAACGAUCUGGUGCAGACGGCACAGGAGCGUGAUGGGUUCGGAGGCCCGGUCGGACCCAGAGGUCGCGGCAGAGGUCGCGGGGACUGGAACAUGGGAACUCCCGGAGGUCUGCAGGAAGUGACCUACACAAUACCAGCUGAUAAGUGCGGCCUCGUGAUCGGGAAAGGUGGAGAGACCAUAAAGAGCAUCAACCAGCAGUCCGGAGCUCAUGUGGAGCUGCAGAGAAAUCCUCCUCCGAACACCGACCCCAACGUCCGGAUCUUCUCCAUCCGUGGCUCUCCUCAGCAGAUGGAGAUGGCCAGACAGCUGAUCGACGAGAAGAUCGGGGCGACUGGAAUGGGAGGAAGCAGCAGUUUUGGACUCAGUCCUUUCACCCAUUCCUUUAUUUCCUCUCUGCCAGUUAUUUCCUCUCUGCCACUUCCAGAGCUGUCUACCUCCUCUUCAUCAGACGGAUGGUUCCGGUGUGAAUCGGUCAGUUUCAGAGCGGGUCUGUUAUCUGUGGCUCCCCGUGCAGUGUUUGUGAUGCUGAUGUUGUGUUUGUGUUUGUGUGUCAGUGGGCCGCAGACGUUCAUGACCGGAGGCUGGGGAACCACGUACCAGACAUGGCAGCCUCAGAGCCAGCAGGACCCCAGUCAACAGAACCAAGGCCAGAGCAGCGGCUCCGACUACAGCAAAGCGUGGGAGGAGUAUUACAAGAAACAGACUCAGGCCGCCGGUCCUGGAUCUCAGCAGAGCUCUCCUCCAGACUAUAGCGCCGCCUGGGUGGAGUAUUACAGACAGCAGGGGGCGUAUUACGGCCAGGGACAGACUCAGGCUCCCGGGCUCCAGGAUCAUUAAAGCGGGCGACUGCAGACCCUUUAGUUGAAGAUUUUUGAAUCACUGCGAGGAGGAAACAGACCUUUUGUAACAGAGGUUCUAGAUUUGCAACGCCUUGAAGACUUUUACUUUUUUUCUUAGUGAGAAACACUAGCUGUAGAAUGACUUAUAUGAUUUAAAAAGAGAACUAUUUCUAAAUCAGGACAUCAAAUUGUUACUAAAUACUUGUGUACACCAUUAUUCAUAUGGGCGAUUUCCGGGAUCCCUUUUGGAACGUUUCAGAGUUGGUUUGUUUUCUAUUCUUCCUUUUUAAUUCAACGAUAUAUAUAUAGAGAUGUGUAUCGCCAAAACGAACCCCGGAAGUCGCGGCGUUUCAUCGAUCGCGCAAUAUAAUCUCUUAUUUUUCUAGUUCUGUUGCAAUAAAAUGAUCGAGGGCUUAGCAGUCUUGAAUUCGUUAUCGUUUCGUUUUGUCGUGAAAUGUUUUAAGAAUGUGUACAAAAUGUUUUCUUUCUUUGUUUUUCUUCUACAUAAAGCAUUUUAAUUCAGUGCGAUGAAAAACUGUGAUGUUUUUGUUACCGAAAUAUAUGCUUUUGUUACACGAGAAACGCAACGCCGCCGAUGAUGAUGUAAUUCCUCAUGUACUUCGUAUUCUGUUUUCAUUGUCAUUUUAUUGUACUCUGGUUUAAAAAGGUGCAAUAUCUUAUUUCAUUUUUUUUUUUGAAACAAAGAUGGGUUUCUCUAAUAUUUUGACAGACGUUUAACUUGUAGUUUUUUGUAGUCGUAUGCAAAUGUAACGGAUAAUUUUUUAUUACGGUGAUUUGGCGGGAAAAAGCGUAUCGUGAGGUGUUUUUUUUUUGCCUUUGCUCUCUUGUAAAACUAUGUAUGUAUGCUCAGAUACUUGAUUAAAUACUUUAUUUAAAAAUAUAUAUAUAUAAUUAAAUCAAAGACUUUUUUGUCCUGCAUUUUUACAGGAAAACUCCCUGUUUUUCUGUUCUGUUUUCAUACUGAAAUUUGUCAAAGAUUGUGAAUGUGUAAUUUGAAAUUUGAUGUUGCAUCUUGUUGACGGAUGAGAAGUUUUAUGUGUGUGUAGUUCUGUAAACUUCGACUUCAAAGCGUUCAAGACUGCUAAGCCUCGGAGAGCCUACCUGUGUAUUAAUUACUUGUAGUUUUUUAUAUUCCGAGUAUUGGAAGAUCAAACGUUCUCGUCUUAUUUGAUCCGCCGGUCUCUCCCUCCACGUCAUCAGUACACACUGUACAGUCCCGAUCCCGUCACUUUUUAAUUCAGAUUUUGCUUUCUACUCUGUGUGAUCUAAUAUAUGUAUGAUUGAUUAGUUACAAAUUGAUCUAGUAUUAACUUCAUUGCUUAAUGAAAAGGGAUAUUAUAAUUUCAAAAUGUUUAAUUUUAGUGUUUCUUUUCUUCCUCAUGUGUACAGGUAACCAUGUAUUAAAAUGAUCGAAAGACUA